UGCCCCUCCUUCUAGAUUCACUGUUCAGAGGGCAGGGGAGCGGGGCUCAGCAAUGCUGUUGUUCCUUAUGCUGUAAAAUCUUCUGAUUUUUAAACACGCAGUCAUAUCAGCGAGCGACGAAAAUGGAAGAGUAAACACUUCAGUGAAGGCACCGAGGGAUAUUCAGUAUACGCUCGUUCGUUUGGUUGGACUGUAGGAGUUUCCUUUGUAUUUCAUUUCUUUUGACGUUGUCGUAGCGUUUUUAUUUUGUUGGUGGGGACCUCUUCGCUUCAACUCAGGAACUCUCCAUUGACAUUCCCUGCUUUGGCAGCUACCGUAUCUUUUGCCGCACCUCUCCAUGACGGUCAGCCGAAAAACAUAACUUCAUUUUAAUACACUGAGUGAAAAUGGCAGCUGCUCUCAGUGGUCGAAAUCCGGGUGGACGUGGACCAAACCCCAGAAAAGGCCGGAUUUUAGGCAUCAUUGACGCCAUUCAGGAUGCAGUUGGACCACCAAAACAAGCUGCAGCCGACCGCCGAACUGUAGAAAAGACGUGGAAGCUAAUGGAUAAAGUUGUGAGACUUUGCCAGAACCCCAGAUUACAACUGAAGAACAGCCCUCCGUAUAUCUUGGAUAUAUUGCCAGACACGUACCAGCAUUUGCGUUUGAUAUUGUGCAAAUAUGAAGAGAAUCAGAGACUGAUUCAGCUCAGUGAAAAUGAAUACUUUAAGGUCUACAUCGACAGCCUGAUGAAGAAAUCUAAAAGGGCAAUUCGCCUCUUCAAGGAGGGCAAGGAAAGGAUGUAUGAGGAGCAGUCACAAGACAGGAGAAAUCUCACUAAACUGUCCCUGAUCUUCAGCCACAUGUUAGCUGAGAUUAAGGCCAUCUUCCCCGGCGGCCACUUCCAAGGGGACAACUUCCGCAUCACCAAGCAAGACGCCGCAGAAUUCUGGAGGAAGUUUUUUGGAGAGAAGACUAUUGUGCCAUGGAAAGUAUUUCGACAGUGCCUUCAUGAAGUACAUCCAAUCAGCUCGGGACUAGAAGCCAUGGCCUUGAAAUCCACCAUCGACCUGACUUGCAACGACUACAUCUCUGUCUUUGAGUUUGACAUCUUCACCAGGCUCUUUCAGCCGUGGGCCUCUAUCCUGAGGAACUGGAACUUCCUGGCUGUUACUCACCCAGGCUACAUGGCUUUCCUGACCUAUGACGAAGUCAAGGCCCGCCUGCAGAAGUACAUCAACAAACCUGGCAGCUAUAUCUUCAGGCUGAGCUGCACCCGGCUGGGCCAGUGGGCCAUUGGCUACGUCACCAGCGACGGGAACAUUCUGCAGACCAUCCCCCACAACAAGCCGCUGUUCCAGGCCCUGAUCGACGGCUGCAGGGAGGGCUUCUACCUGUUCCCAGAUGGACGCAGCUACAACCCCGACCUGACAGGCUUGUGCGAACCCACUCACCAUGACCACAUCAAAGUGACACAGGAGCAGUACGAGCUGUACUGUGAGAUGGGCUCCACCUUCCAGCUGUGUAAGAUCUGCGCAGAGAACGACAAGGACGUGAAGAUCGAGCCGUGCGGACACCUCAUGUGCACUUCCUGUCUGUCAGCGUGGCAGGAGUCUGACGGACAGGGAUGCCCGUUCUGUCGGUGUGAGAUUAAGGGCACUGAACCCAUCAUAGUGGAUCCUUUCGACCCCCGCAACGAAGGCAGCAAGUGCUUCUUUUUGGACAAUUUCAACUGUCCCAUGCUGGACCUGGAUGAUGACGACGAUCGUGAAGACACACUGGUCAUGAACGGACUGGCCUCCAUCAGAAAGUGCACAGACAGGCAGAAUUCGCCUAUCAUGUCGCCCAACUCGUCCCCCGUGGCCCAGCGCAGGAAAGGCCUGCCCGACCCCUCAGGCAUCCAGCACCUCAGCCUACCUCCAGUGCCACCCAGGCUGGACCUGAUCCAGAAGGGCAUCAUCCGCUCGCCCUCGGCCAGCCCCACUGGAUCCCCAAAGUCCUCUCCAGGGAUGCCCAGGAAGCAGGACAAGCCGCUGCCCGCCCCGCCCCCGCCACAGAGGGACCCUCCCCCGCCGCCUCCCCCCGAGAGACCUCCCCCUAUCCCGCCGGAUGGCCGCGCCUCCUGGCUGCCGCCCCUGUCCUCCUCCAGCAGCCUGCCGCCGCGGGACCCCCAGCUGCCGCCCGAGGCCUGGUGCCCCAAAGACAGCCCUCUCGUAGACUCUCGGCCGGGAGCAGCGGAGCGCUCCCCCAAACUGGGCCACUCGGCACCGUCGCACGUGAACGGCCGCCCGCUGAGCUGUCCGCUGGCAGAGAGCGGGUCGGGGUCGGGCCGGGCCCAGCACAGCAGACUGGAUGGCCAGGCAGACGGCCCCAAGGCUUUCUCUAAUGGCCUCAUGCUCAGUGAUGAAUAUGAUAUUCCCCCUCGCCACUCCCCUCCUCCUCCUGCUCUUACCAGCAGCCAGAGAUACCCUAAUCCCUUCACCAGUCCCUGUGUGGAGAAACCACGACUAAUGGAGCGGGCGGAGGACGAGUACCAGGUCCCCUCCUCACACCCUGUGUGCCUCACCCAGCCUCCCAUCUGCAUCUCUGUGCGCGUCCCCAACAGGGCUCUGGAGAAUGGCUCUUUAGAUCAGUCUUCAGAGGGGAAGAGACACAAAGCCCCUGAACACGGUGCUCAGUUUGACUCCAGCUCUUUGCUAUCGGCCGUAGCCCCGCCCCCACUCUGUCCUCUCCACAACAACAGGACUCCGUCAGACUACGACAUUCUGCUCCCCCCUCAAGCCUCCCCUGCCGAGGACCCCUUCAACAGCGCCCCGCCCUCUCAACCCCCACCCCCUCCUCCCAUCAGGCACAGUUUCCCCGAGCUCCCCACAUCCUCCUUCUCCUCCUCCCCCUCCUCCUCCUCUUCCUCCCCCUCCUCCUCCUCACGGGCUCCACGGCCCGCCUCCGGACACGACCACUUCCUGCUAAACCCUGACUCCUUCCUCGGUGUGCUGAGUGGAUCGGCCCCCUUGCCGCCCCGGAGACAGACGGAGGACAAUAUGAAGUCUUUAGCGAGGAGCUCUCAAGAGUACGACCAGCUGCCCCCAACAUCAGUAGCUGGAGAUUGCUGCUUACAGGCACCUGCCAGGCCACCUAAGCCCUUUCCAAGGAAGACCCCCCCAGACAUACAUCACAGAAAGACUCACGCUCACGAGUCGUCCAAAGAGAAUGUGGACGCCAAAAUAGCCAAACUGAUGGGGGAAGGCUACUCCUUUGAGGACGUGAAAAGAGCACUGAUGAUCGCUCAGAAUAAAGUGGACGUGGCACGGAACAUUCUAAGAGAGUUUGCGUUGGUGGCACCGAGACUGAACUUGUAGCCGACACCGCCAGGACUCUGGGCCGGUUUCUCUGGGGAGACGGCAGGUGGAAGGCCAGUUCACCUGUGGGGGUCAGGACGGCUGGAGGGGGGGGGGGGGGGGGGGGGGGGGGGGGGGUCUGUGCCUGGGGGAGCUUGACGCAGCUCUGUGUUUUUAGCCAUAGCAAAGGUUGAACAGGGGAAGAAGCAUUUACCUGUUGAAACAUGAAUCCUGUGAAAAAACCAAACAAAACAAAAAAACGAAAAAAAAAAACAAAAGCGUGUUGUUUACAGUGAACAGUUGUGUGGUGGGCUUGCUGGUGCUGGUGCUGGUGCCUGUGUGUGAUGCCAGUCUGUGAUGCCAGUCUGUGCAGGCUGGCCCUCACCACUCCUGCAACUGCUGCUGCCACCCUGCCACCCUG